UUCUUUCAGUGCUUACCCGAUCGGAGUCAACUGACGUUCGUUUUCUCGCAGUGCACGUCCGAAGUUUUUAGAAAAAUGUUCAGGUUGUUGUUGGUUACUUCGCUGGUGCUUCUGGUGACCGGUUUGCCGCAGAAAGGACCGGCAUCGACGCCCCGAAAACAGUCCGUCGAGGAGGCGCUCGGCAAGAAACCCGAGGAGCUGCCAAAGACGAUGAAGGAGGCGCUCAAACGCAUGGAGGCUGUCGAUGUGGAGAAGGUCCUCAAUAACGAUCGGAUACUCACCAACUAUCUCAAGUGCUUCUUAAACAAGGGCCCCUGCACUUCCGAGGCCAAAAAUGUGAAAAAGUUCAUUGCGCUGUUGGUGGAAUCAAGGUGCGUAGAGUGCGAUCCGAAACAAAGGAAAAUCAUCAAGAAAUCAAUGCAAGUUGUUAAAACGAAGAAGCCGAGGGAAUACCAAGAGCUCAUCAAAUUGUACGAUCCUAAAGGAACCCAAAUUGCAGAGUUGGAGAAGUUCUUUGCCAGCAGUAAAUAAAUUGUGGCUGGGUAAAACUUAAAAAGGUGACAAAAAAUGGAUACUCAAGAUUUCCUGUGCAAUAAGCGUCGAGUUAUGGAUCAAAUAAUAUGCCUGCGUUUUGAAAAAGGCAUACCAUUUUUUUUCUUUGUCCAAAAAAAUACUCUCAAAUGAUCAGCAUGUCCUCGGAUAGUUCCUAAAUUUUGAAUGCUCAUUACAAAACUUCAGAGGAGGGUAUAUUAUGGGGCUCUUGAUAUUUUUCAUCUUACCGUGAUGUAGAAAAGAGGAAAAGAGCGUAUGAUCUAAAUUUUAUCUCGAUCAAAAUUCAUUUGUAUUUAUUUUUACUUUUAAGUACGAACAUGUUUCCUAAUUUUUAAAAACUGAAAAAAAAA